ACAUGACUUUCAUCUUUCUCCCAACACUCCCAUAUUCUUUCACCUCAUUAACCUCUCAGCACUCACCCUGUUAAUUUUCCACCACCGUAGUCAUUCUUCCCCCUUAGAACAAGAUACCAAACAUGUCUAGCCAGCUUCAAAAUGGUUCACCUCAUGGAUCCUCAUCAUCAUCACAACCACCAUCCAAUCAACAACAACAUCAUCAUCAUCGACAAGUCCAAUCGCAACCGCAACAGCAGCCGCUAAGCCGAUAUGAGUCACAAAAACGACGAGAUUGGAACACCUUUGGGCAAUACUUGAAGAAUAGGACUCCCCAAGUUCCACUCUCUCAGUGCAACUUCAACCAUGUUCUUGAUUUCCUUCGCUACCUUGACCAAUUUGGGAAGACUAAGGUCCACUCGCACGGUUGCAUCUUCUUUGGCCAACCUUCCCCGCCCGCACCCUGUGCCUGCCCUCUCAGGCAGGCUUGGGGCAGCCUGGAUGCACUCAUCGGCCGCCUUCGAGCCGCCUAUGAGGAGCAUGGUGGCUCGCCAGACACCAACCCCUUUGGUGCCGGAGCCAUUCGUCUCUACCUGCGUGAGGUGAAGGAGUGCCAAGCAAAGGCAAGAGGGAUCCCAUACAAGAAGAAGAAGAGGAAGAAGAAUAAUCAAAUGAAGGAGACUAGUACUCAUCAAACUGCGCAAGUCGUCAAUCAAGAAGGUCCUAAUUGAGAUGGGAUAUGGAUGGCCCAUACGAACAAGUUAAUUGGAUAGAGCAUGCACGUUUGGCACUUUGAAAGGGCACGUGGUAAAAGUAUAUUCAUCUCUCUACUGCAAUUUGAUGAAAAAUUAUUACAGAAACUCAGUAUGAAAUUUCACUUAGUUCUUCAGCAUAAUCCUUUUUAAGACAGUUUAGUCUUAGUAAGUCUUAUAUGUGUGUUAUUAGAGAUAUAAAAACUAGUAACUUCUUAUAAGAUAUGAGAAUGAGACUGCUUCUUGUUCAAAAUACAAAUGACAAUUUUUUUUUCAAGCUCAGUUCAAUUAAUGAGGAUUUGAGUCUCCCACAAACGAGGCUAAUUGCUCUUCAGGAACUCGAGCAAGUAACUCUAUGAGUACCCUUUUGCACGUACCUCCCCCAUUCGGUUCCAUCAUGUUCACCCACAGCACCUGCGUGCACCUAGCCGGUCACCAUCACGCUUGUUCAGUGACUUACCUUGCUCAAGUUAUGAGAAUAUUAAUAUGGUUGGAAAGGUUACUAAAAUGAUUAUUUGAAAGUUAAAAA